UACUCCGCCUUGUCCAAAGACAAUGAAUUAAUUAUUCAGUCAAGUUCCGGCUACGCCAGAUUGUAUAAGAGCUGCAGCCACACCUGUGAAAUAUCUGUUGUAGUGUCAAAACAUUUUCAACUGAAGGAGGGCGGCUGCAUCUCCAGACUGCUGUUUCCUGCUGCUGCUACAAAAUCAUCAACUGCGGACAUGCGUUACGUAAUACCCGUGGUAACGGCGCUGCUUAUCGCGUUGUCGUGUACCUGGAAGACUGCGAGAGCAGCCGAUAACUACCGCGUGGAAUAUCAACUUCGCAGCUAUGCCAGCCCGAAGUUCAGCAGCUGGGAUAAGGACUGCAACCCGGCACAUCACACUAAACUGUUCAAAGGGGUAGACAACAGGUUUUGUACCUUGGCUUCGGAUGAGUGCUUCCAUCCAGCCGACGAUGCGAAGUAUUUCAGCUGGCGAAAGUUCUUUUCGGAAUAUUGCAUAAGCCAAAAAUCGCUCACCAACACCUUUUCCGGUGACUUCUGCAAUGCCAGUUUCAAGAAAACCAGCCUGCGAGUGAAAGCCCAGCACUAUAAUGAAGACAUUCAGGAGUUUGACUGCUUUACUUCGGACAAGGCCGGGGAUGUGGCAGCUGAUAAAAAAUCCGCGAAAUGGUCGGCCGCCAAAGCAUGCGAUCGCAAAAACAAAAAUCCGGACGACGCUCAACUGCAGUACAGCUGGCGUGCCUAUCGUAUUCCCCAGAAAGAGUGCGGUCUGGAAGCGAAAGCCGCUAGUGAAGAAUAUCCUGUGGAAAUCUACAUCACAGGCUGGGUGGCCGCCAAUCCCGAUCCCGGCCGCGAUUCCACCCUGGAGGACUGGACGGAUGCGGGGCCGCAGGAAAAAACCAUCCUGAGUGCAGUUAAAGAAACGUUCACAAAGAAAUACCCGAGCACCAGUGGCAUGAAAUCAGACGGAAACGCCUUCAUUUACGAUCGAGACUGCACGACAGAAAAUGAUAAAACGACAAAAAGCUGUUUCGCCUUCAAAUAUUCCAUGCCGGCUCACAGUAAAAUGCAAGUAGAUGUCGACGUCUUCAAAAAAGAAUUUGCCACCGCGGUCAAGGCUGCCAAAAUUCCCGGCGUGCUUAACGCCUGCUCCGAAUCGCCCUGUCGCGCAUCAGGGACCGCUUCCGCAUCGGGAAAGAAAAACUGACACCGUCAAACUAAGGGUCUUUUAAUUUUUCGUUUAAUCUGACAUCAGCAGACACAAAAGCGCUGACUGAAUUAAGUUGGUCAAUUAAGAUCCGAUAAAAAAAAAUCAAUAAGCACUGAGUUCAUCAAAUUUUGAAUGCACGUUGUAAGCCGACUAUACUGCACACGGAGGUAAUUCAAAACAUCAGCCGAAUAAAGCAAUCGUAAAGUG